UGCACACGAGGCAAAUCUCUCCAUUUCUCUCAAAAGAAACAUUCAACUGAAUCCAGCAGUUUUUUCUCAACAACAGCAGAAUCUCUGCAAACACUGAGUGUCGAUAUGUCUGCUGCCAGCAGUCUGCUGACUGAAGAUCAGAUUCUGUGCUCCAUCUGUCUGGAUGUGUUCACUGAUCCAGUCACCAUACCAUGUGGACACAACUUCUGUAAAGCCUGCAUCACUGAUCACUGGGAUAUUGAUGCUCCCUAUCAGUGUCCUACCUGUAGAAAAGGUUUCAAGACGAAACCUGCGGUGCAGGUCAAUACUUUGAUCUCUGAGAUGGCUGCUAAGUUCAGACAGUCAGCUCAUCAGAUACCAGAAGAAGUUCCCCGUGACGUCUACUCAGGAUCCAAACUGAAGAACUGGCUGUUCUUACUGGCUUGUCUGAUGUGUGUCUUCAUGGCGUGGAUGGUGACAGAACAAAAGAAGAUCGAGCUGUCCAAGACACAGGCUGAUAUUCUGCAGAUGAUCCAGAAGGAGAACAAACACUCAAUGGAGCUCAGUAAGGAAGACACAAACAGACAGAUGUUCACUCUGCAGGAGUCUUUCGAGAGAAGCCAGGCCGAGUUCAUCGAGACGAUCAAAGAGAACCAGAGAACAACAGAGAAACUGGCUGAAGGCUUCGUCAAAGAACUGAAACAGGAAAUCUCUGAGCUGAAGAAGAGAAACACUGAGGUGGAGCAGCUCUAUGUGGCUCAGCAGGAGAAACUCAGGAAACAGAAGAACCUGCUCCCUGAGUCUGAUCUGAAGAGGGUCCAGCAGUAUGAAGUGGAUGUGACUCUUGAUCCUGAUACAGCAUAUCGUACUCUCAUCCUGUCUGAUGAUGGAAAACAAGUUAAAUUUGGUGUGAGGACGAAUCUCCCAGACAAUCCAGAGAGAUUUGAUUCUUGGCCUAAUGUCUUAGCAAAGCAGAGUUUCUCUUCAGGAAGAUUUUAUUACGAGGUUCAGGUAAAAAGGAAGACUUGUUGGUUGUUAGGAGUGGCCAGAGAGUCGGUCAAGAGGAAGGGAAUCACUCUACCAACUCUUCAAGAUGGUUACUGGACGAUAGCUUUGAUCAAUGGUGAUGUGUACGCUCGUACUGUCCCUUAUGUCAGUCUCUCUCUGAAGUCUCGGCCUCAGAAGGUGGGGGUGUUUGUGGAUUAUGAGGACGGUCUGGUCUCCUUUUAUGACGUUGAUGCUGAAGCUCUUAUCUACUCCUUUACUGGCUGCUCCUUCACUGAGAAACUCUACCCAUUCUUCAAUAUAUUUGAUACAAAUGAUGAUGGUAAAAACUCUGCCCCUCUGAUCAUCUCUCCUGUCAGUCACUGAGUAGAUCAACCAUUUGAUUUUCUAGAUUCACUUUCAUUUAAUGUACUAAGUGUAUAUUAGCGGUAAUGUAAUGUGCAUACAAAGUUUUUCAGUGUUGUCACAUUUGCUUCUUACUACAACACAGAUUAUUGGAGUCAAUGGAAUUAACUUCCAUUUAUCUGCCUCCUAAACUGUUUCAUUAGCUUCAAAUAUGGACACAUAUUGAACCAAAAAUGUAUUUGGCGUGUACUGAAAACAUUUGCCUCAUUUGAAACACUCACCAAAGACCAUAAUAUACCCAGAUCCAACUUUUUCCGGGUCCCACAGAUCUGUAGUUUUGGCAGAAAGUCUUCCUCUCAUUCCCCCACCUUCCACCCUAGAAUCAUUUAGAUAAUAUCAUUUAUGUCAUUUAUACAGUUGUUGAAUUAGGUUCCCGCCCCUUAAAACAUUAAGAUACAAAAUGUGUAAAGCUCAUAAAAACUUGAAGUCCUUUUUUUUAUUUCAUUGAAAGAUUUUCACUCAAUGA